AUGUGUCCCAUACCGGUCAAACAAGUACAACCCCGCGACGACUCGUGUAAACUCAAGGUCGUAGUCGUCGGUGCCGGACUCGGGGGUCUCGGAGCAGCCAUCGGCGCCCUCCUGGCCGGCCACGCCGUCACCGUCCUCGAAGCCGCACCCCAAAUCGCAGAAGUAGGCGCCGGUAUCCAAGUGCUCCCCAACAGCUCCCGCGUCUUGACCUCUUGGGGCCUUAGGGAAAGACUCUCCCACCAUGCCACCUGGCCGCGCCAAUGCAACUUCCGCGGCUGGAAGGGCGAAAUCAUCUCCUCUAUGGACUUCCACGAAUCCCAGUCCCAGUUCCCCGGCACCUGGUAUGGGGAUUUCCACCGCGCGUCGCUCCAUGCCUGUCUCAUGGAGCGCGUUGCGGAGCUGGGCGGCGCCAUGCGGUGCAAUGCGAAAGUCGUCGAUGUGGUUGUGAGCGCGGACGGCGCGACGGCGACCGCUGUCAUGGAGGAUGGGAGCCGGGAGCAGGCGGACUUGCUGGUGGGUGCGGACGGCGUUUUCAGUCGGUUGUCCGAGAUCAUGUUGGGGAGGGAAAAUCCGCCGAAGAAGACGGGGGAUCUGGCGUAUAGACUGCUCUUGUCGACGGAGAAGAUGCUGAAGGACCCUGAGCUGAGGCAUUUCGUAGAGGAGCCGCAGGUUAACUACUGGCUGGGCCCGGAUGCGCAUGCCGUGAACUACGUCCUACGAGGAGGCAAGCUCUUCAAUAUGGUUCUCCUGGUGCCAGAUGACAUACCCGACGAUGGGGCCUCAACAGUGGAAGGCAAUGUGGAAGAAAUGUGUGCAGCGUUUAGGGGCUGGGAUCCGAGAAUCGAAAAGCUCCUCAAGCUCUGCAAAUCCGUCUAUAAAUGGCGCCUGUGCUACCGCCUAGGCGAACACGACUGGACCCAUCCAUCCGGCUCCUGGACUCUGCUGGGAGACGCUGUCCAUGCAACUCUCCCAUAUCUGGCAUCCGGCGCCGGCAUGGCCUUCGAAGACGGCUGCGUGCUAGGCGAAUGUCUCUCCCGCCUACCCAACGCCCCCAACACCGAUAAAAAGUCCACCUCCUUCCUCGCGGAGAAACGUCAUGCGCUCGCAGUCUAUGAAACGUGUAGAAAGUCACGCACGCAAAUGGUCGUUCAGCGCGGCAACGUGCAGCAGUAUCUGUACCAUUUGCAUGAUGGGCCGGAGCGGGACGAGCGGGAUCGGAAGAUGCGCAUGGUGCCCACGGAGGAAGGGGAGGCGUUGGCGUGGAGGGAUCCGGGGCUUGCGCCGAAGCUGCUGGGCUACCAGUGCGAGAAGGAUGUCGCUGAGCACUGGAAUACUGUUCCCGUUCCCUCGCUGCACGCCACGAGUCAGACACCGGAGGCGUCAAGGCUUUGA